GAAGAGAGCAGAAGCCCCGCCCCCCGCCUCGACCCUCCCACUCGGUGGAUUUCCGCUUCCUUCCAGCUUUCUCGCUUCGCCCUGGCAGGAUCGGUGCUGGAUCCCUCGGGAGAGGCUUCUGGAUCCCGUUCUGGGCAGGUCUGGCUGCUCCCCCUCCGGCCUUUGGGGCGCCCCUCCCGCCAGGAGAGCUUCCCCCCCCUCCCCGCCAGGAGAAAGCAGGAAAACAACUCUGAUCAAAGAUUCACCUAGAAGUCACCUUUCAAGAGAUAACAGAAAAUCAGCCCAAGGCAGCCAGUGCCAGAAAGGAUGGAGCCUGGGAAACUCUCGGGUCCCCUGUGAGACACAAGCAGCACUCCGGAAAACCACAAGAGAACCCAUGAAUGCUCAGAGUGUGGGAAAUCCUUUGCUCGCCGGUCCCUCCUUUUGACUGACAAGAAGUUCCAUGUGGGAAGCGGAUCCAGUGAAGGUUUGGAGGGUGAGAAUCCUUCUCUGGAAAAGACAUGAAAAAUUUCAGAAGUCCCCCCAGACUAAAGCCCUAUAAAUGUGAGGAAUGUGACUUAUGCUUUGGUCAAAGGUCACACCUUCUUAGACAUCAGAAAACCCACACUGGAGAGAAACCCUAUCAGUGUCUGGAAUGUGGGAAUUUCUUCAGUGAAAGAGGCAGUCUCAGAAACCACGAGACAAUUCACACAGGGGAGAAACCUUACAAGUGUUGGGAAUGUGGGAGGAGCUUUUCUUGGAAGGCAAGUCUUUGGGCCCAUGAGAAGGUCCAUGCAGGAAUAAAAUCUUACAAAUGCUUUGAGUGUGGAAAAGGUUUCACCCGGAGUUCAACUCUUUGGAGUCAUGCGAAAACACACAGAGGGGAGAAAAACGAAAAGUGCCUCGAAUGUGGGAAAUGUUUUAUCUCGAAAUCAAGCCUGGUUCAACAUCAGAGAAAUCACACCGGAGAGAGACCCUAUGAAUGCCCAGAAUGUGGGAGACGAUUUAUGUUUCCUUCUUUACUUCAGAGGCACCAGAAGGGGCACAAACUGGAGAAACCCUAUCAAUGUGGAGAAUGUGGGAAAGGUUUUCCUACACAAAGAGAGCUUAAGCUUCACGAGAGAAUCCACACAGGGGAAAAACCAUACAAAUGUGGGGAGUGUGGAAAAUGCUUUUCCCUAGAACAAAGCCUUGGAAGGCAUCAGAGGCUCCACACAGGGGAGAAGCCAUAUCAAUGCUUCGAAUGUGGAAAAUGUUUUGCUCAACAGGGAAACCUUUGGAGACAUCAUAAAACCCACACAGGGGAGAAAUUAUACAUAUGCCUAGAAUGUGGAAAAUGUUUUGCUGACCAGGGAAACCUGUGGACACAUCAUAAAAUCCACACAGGGGAGAAGCCAUAUCAAUGCUUCGAAUGUGGAAAAUGUUUUGCUCAACAGGGAAACCUUUGGACACAUCAUAAAAUCCACACAGGGGAGAAAUUAUACAGAUGCCUAGAAUGUGGAAAAUGUUUUGCUCAAAAGGGAAACCUUUGGAGACAUCAUAAAACCCACACAGGGUAGAAACCAUAUCAAUGCAUUGAACGUGGAUAAUUUUAUUCUACCACAUCAUAUCUCAGAAGUCAUGUAAAAACUCACACAGGGGAAAGAAAUUACAAAUGUUUAGACUGUGGAAGAACAUUUGCUCAUUCAUAUUCCCUUAGAAACCACAACCAAAUCCAUACGGGAGAGAAGCCCCAUAGAUGCUCGGAGUGAGAUAAAUGUUUUUCUCAAAAAAAAAAAUACUCUUGUGAUACAUCAGAGAACCCACACUGGAGAAAAACUGUAUAAAUGUCCAGAGUGUGGGAAAUAUUUUUGCCCGAACAUCAUCACUUCGCAAGCACACCAGACGUCAAACAGGGGAGUCGCCUUACAAGUGUGCAGAGUGUGAGAAAACUUUUCAUAGUAAAUCUCAGGUUAAAAGGCAUCAGAAAGUCCAUAGUAGAGAGAAACCCCUUCAGUUGUGAGGAAUGUGGAAAACAUUUUUUGAAACGUCACAUCUUAUAAUUCACCAGGAAUUUCACACAGUCCCAGAAGGGAAAUCCUACAGUUUUUUGGUGUGGGGAAACCUUCACAAUGACGAUGUCAAGACUGCUAACAUCGGAUGUUCUUGCUUGCCACAUAUGAAGAAGCAAACACGUUUUAUUUAACCAGCAUAUCACUUCUAGAGUUAAAGUCAGACAAUGUUAGAAUAACGGGUGGGAAAGUAUGUACUCGGGGGAUAGUUAGCCAAAACAAUAUUUCAGUACAAUAUUUCCAAGGUCAGCUGUAACCAGAGGAAUUACGGGAGGGAAAGUUCACACUUCAAACUAAUUGGAGAACGUGAUUGAUGACUGUGAAAUGAAGGAGUGAGUUAUGCUUUGUUACGGGUGAUUGGGGGUGGGAGGAUUCAGGUUUUCGCUGCAUUAUGUACGUGCCGAAUUUAUGUAGCAAUAAAAGGAUUCUUUAAAGUAAACAAAGCCUCAAAGUUCUUUGAAAAGCUGCUUCUUUCGGAACUAUGACACACGAAACCAGCAGGUAAUUUUUUGUCCCAGUUUCUUGUGCUCUCCAAUGCGUCCGCACAGGAGAGGUUCCACAAAUGCUUCAGCAGUAACCAAAAUUUUAUUUCUAAUUUUUUUACUUUUCAUUUUGGAUAUUAAGAUUUUGGGGCCCGAAAGAGAAGAAGGAAACUCAGUUUAGAUGCCUCAAAUGAUAAGAGGUGAUGGAAAUUGCCUUGUGAUUCCGUUGCACCUAAAAUGACAGGGAGAUCCCAUUUUCCUCUUGAAUGUGUAUUUACCUUCCAGCCAGCCCAGAGCCCAAGGACCUCCUGGUGGUCUCCCAUCCAGCACUGCCAGGCUUUCCUAGAGUGGCCAAGGCUGGCCAGGUGUGGCCUCUUAGCUGAGACAAGCACAGUGAAAGGGAGAGUCUCUCUCUGGGUCUGGCAAGAUGGGGUUAAGGCAAGUCAAGAGCCCAGUUCAAAGUCAGGAGCUUCUGAGAGAAAAACUGCAAAGAGGGAAAGGGUUUGUGCUAAGUGACCGAGAGUCUUUUUGGAGUUGGGCAGGAUUAACAAAUUCAGGAAAUAAAUACAAACAUGGAAUAAAUAUCCAUGUUAUCCAGCAUAGCAGGCAGAAGCCUAAGGAAAAGGGCAUUUGUUUAUAAUUGAGGCCUAAUUUUGGAAAACUUUUUGUAAGGAACAAAAAUAAUGGAAAAAUUGUAUGUCAAAAUAAUUGUGUGAAGGGAUGGGAUGAAAUCAAGAAGGAUGUGUUAAGAAGUGGAAAUUAUAACUGUGGCUGCGGUGAAUUGAUGUGAGUAAAAAUGAAUGUAUUACCUAUUUUCAUGAUGUUUCUGUGGCAUGCAGAAAUACGAUAUGGGGGAUUCUUAUUCUUUCAGUGAAGCUUCCCUGCUGGUGGGUAAAUCUCAUUCUGGCUCUAUCCGAUCCCUUCAACUUCCCUGCAGGGUCUUCCCUCCCCCUCCCCACCCCAGAAGCGUUCUCCAGAGUGGGCAGGAGGGACGGAGAGACUGAGCAGGUGGCUCCUUGCAAUGGCAAAGGGAUUAGAAGAUUCUCUCCCCCCCCCCCCAGGCACUGUCACAUUUAAGCAAACAUAAUUUCCAAGUUUCUUGUCAUCUGUCAACCUGUCCUUCCUCUCUUCUCCUCUCAACUCAGCCAGACUUUCACCUUCCUUCCAGAAUUCCUGCCUCCCAAAAGCCUCUGCCCAGAGCAUUUCACCCCAUUUGGCUUAUGGGACAAGUAUAACCCAAAAACACAGGCAAUCCUCCACUUAAAUCUCAUUUAGUGACCGUUCAAAGUCACAAGGGCAACGAAGAAAGUGAAUUUCGGAUGCUUGGCAAUUGAAUUCUGAAUUUUGGAUUCUUGCCAACUGGUUCAUAUUUAUGACCGUUGCUGUAUCCCUUUUGCGACCUCCCAAAGACCAGAAAAGUCCAUGGGGAAGCCGGAUUCACUUAACGACCGGGUGACUAACUUAUCCACUGCAGGGAUUCGCUUAACCACUGUGGCAAAAAUGUUCGUAACAUGGGGAAAAACUCACCACUCCCAUAACCAAUUUCUCAACAUAAAUUUUGGGCUCAAUUGUGGUCAUACGUUGAGGACCACCUGUAGUUUUGUUGAAAAAUGUGAUAGCCCCUGAAGGAAAUAAAAGUUACUUUUAUAAAAUGUCAAAAUAAAGCCCCAGUGUAACAAUGUAUGAAACUGUAUGUUUAGCGCAAAUGUAUUAAUGUUGUGCUAAUGUCACAAUGCAAAGCCAAUGUACGAGAAGGAAUGUUUACUGCUUCCUCUUUAUGUAGAGUGACCACAAAUGGUAACCACAAAUGGUAAACGGCAAAGAUAAUGAAUUAUGACCCGGAUGGACGGAAACCGGAAGGAAAUUGUCAGGAUGAACUAUUAAGUGUAAAAACAACUUCGAAGAAUAGCUAUAGAGUGGA